CAGACAGGGAAGGGGAAGUAGGGGGCCUCCAAAGGGGGCUGGGCUUUCCCCUGGGUGGGACCCGAGUCCCCUGCCUCCCUGAGGGUGCUCCUGGCCCCAGCCCCUGAGAGCAGAGCCCGCCAGAGCCAUGGCCCUGAGACUCGUCCUGGUCUUUGCCGUCAGCCUCUGGGUGGGCUGCUCACUCUGUCGGGAGAGAGAAGCUUCCUCCCAGCCCAGGGUGUGGUGCCAGGCCUCCAGGUACCCGGUUGCCAUAGACUGCUCCUGGACCCUGCCGCCCACUCCUCCGAAUUCCACCAGGCCCACAUCGUUCAUUGCCACGUACAGGCUCGGCGUGGCAGCCCAUGGGGAAAGCUGGCCCUGCCUCCAGCCGACACCAGAAGCCACCAGCUGUAUCAUCCCCGAUGUCCAGAUGUUCUCCAUGGUGCCCUAUGUGCUCAACAUCACCGCUGUCCAACCCGCUGGUGUCAGCAGCAGCUUCUUGCCCUUUGUCCCAGAGCACAUCAUCAAACCGGACCCUCCGGAAGGCGUGCGCCUGAGCCCUCUCCCUGGGCAGCAGCUGUGGGUGCAAUGGGAGCCCCCCCAGACCUGGCCCUUCCCGGAGAUCUUCUCCCUCAAGUACCGGAUCCGCUACAAGCGUCACGGGGCUGCCCGCUUCCGUCAGGUGGGGCCAAUUGAAGCCACAUCCUUCACCCUCAAGGCUGUGAGGCCUCAAGCCAAGUACUGCAUCCAGGUGGCUGCUCAGGACCUCACCGACUACGGGGAAUGGAGUGCCUGGAGUCUCCCUGCUGCUGCCUCCAUGACCCUGGGCAAGUAGCAGGGGCUCCCCGCACCCCUGAAGAGGGGCCAUGCCCUUGACAUCCACCUAAGGGUGGAUGGGACCUAUCCGGCCUGGGUUCACCACUGUCGAGUUGCUGGACAAUCUUGGACAAGUGACUUUGCCUCUCUGAGUCUCAGUUUCUCAAUCUGUGAAAUGGGAAUGUGUUCCCUCUGUCCUUUGACACAGUGCAAUGCUUUGAGAACUAUGAAUAUGAGAUUUUUCAAUUGCUUAAUUAGAACAGAUCAGUGUCACUAGAAUUGGGACUCUUCCUUCCUUCAACAGAUCCAUGUGAGCCCCAAGGAGGAGAAACAGAUCAGGACACACACACACACACAUUGAGUCCCCACUCCCACACAUGGGAUCAGGGCUGGAUCAGAGGAAGAGACGGGGCUGGGGCAGGCAGGGUAGGGGUGAUCUGGGUUCUGCCUGGGAUGGAAUGAUGGGAUCUGUUCAGUUCAGCAGUUUCCUUCACACAGUUACUCAAAAGCUGCCCAGCGAGACUUCCCUGGUGGUCCAGUGGUUAAGAAUCUGCCUUGCAAUGCAGCAGGGACAUGGGUUCCAUCCCUGGUGGGAGAACUAAGAUCCCACAUGCCUCAGAGAAACUAAACCCAAGUGCUGCAACUACUGAGCCCAUGCACCACAAUUAGAGAACUCCUGCACCACAAGGAAAGAUCCCAUAUGAGGCAGCAAAUAUCCCUCAUGCCACAAUUAAGACCUGAUGCAGCCAAAUAAAUAAAUAUUUUUA